AUCAAGACAGAGCAAAACUCAAGUCCAGGACUUUAUAACAUGACAUGGGCUACCCAAGCAAGGUGCCAAGGUGUGUAAAGGUCAGCAUAUGGGGGUGAGGGGAGUAGACAGAGAGCAUUAGGCAAUCGGCAAGAGUAAUGAGGAGUACCAGCGAGGGGAAACUAUUCCUCAUAGAUGCACCCAGAGUGAAGAUGAACCAGACAAAAACUUAAGUCACUUUUGCUCUAUAUUCGAGUGUCAUCAACAUGCAUCUUUGAUUCACAAACUACAUCUGACAUGUGUAUUCCAACACCUGUACUGCCAUUUACAAACAAAUACAAUUUUUGAGGUAAUAAUGUACAUGAAAAAAUUAUGCGCUGCUGAUUGGCUUAAAACUAGUGCAUUCUGAUGUAACACCAGUACAAAGUUGUAACAUGAGUGCAAAUUAUAUUAUUAAUAAGUAAUAAUGUAAUUUCCCUUACAUUUUGGUGUAGUACACACUUAAGUCUAGUUAAUUUUUCAAAGACUACAAAUUGCACUCACUCUAAGGGAUUGUGCAAUUUUGAUGUCUUUGAAAAAUUUACAUGUGCUUAUUAAUACCAAAUUGCACUUGGAAUCAUGUUAAUACCAAUACAAAACAGUUGUAAACCAAGCAGCCAGGGCCCAAAAAAGAUAACUUAUCAAGAUUUAAACUUUCCAAAAAAACACAGGAAACAACACAACAAGUAGCAGGCCACACAGAUCUAAGACACCCAACAGUUCAAGGCAUAUUGUGGAAGUUAUAGUAUAUGUCAACAAAAUUAUCUAUCUAAGCUGUAAAAUACUACCACAAUUGCAAAAAUCAUCUCACUAUUUUUUGCACAUAGUCGGCUUGUUCCUGUUCUUUCCUUUUCUGAGCAUCCUCCAAAUAUGUUGUGAGUCCUAAAGACAUGAUGAUUAGUUUAUUCAGCUUAGAAAGUUCAAGAGAAGUUUUUUUUUUUAAUUAA